CCGGGGCGGCUCUGAGGGACCGGGACCGGGACCGGGACCCGGAUCCGGGAUCCGGGAUCCGGGAUAGAGAUCCGGGAUCCGGGAUAGAGAUCCGGGUGAGGAACACCGGCAGGGACAGGGACCGGGACCCGGGACCCGGGACAAGGAUCCGGGCUCCCGGCAAGGCCGGGGAGAUGACGGCCGUGGAGAAGGUGGAGGAGCAGCUGGCGGCUCUGCGCAUAGCCAGGCGCUGUGCGCCCGGCCAGGAGCCCUCCUACCUGCUGGACAUCGACACCUCCGCGCCUGCCCGGCCCGGGAGCGGGCGCUUCGUGGCGGUUUGCUGUUCCGACGCGUCCCUCAGGGUGUACGACGGGGAGACGCUGCGAUUCCUGCGGGAGUACCGCGGCCGGCCCGGGGCGCUCGGCGGGGUCCGCUUCGCGCGCGCCCGCGACAGCGUGGUGUUCUCGGCCUGUGGCCAGGGCGCGGUGAGGUGCUGGGACGUCCGCUCCGCCUCGCAGAAGCCUGUGCAGGUGUUCAGUGGUUACCCCUCCAACGUCUUCAUCAGCUUCGACGUCAGCUGCAGCGACCUCAUCGUUUGUGCCGGGACGGAGAAAGUCGAGAAGGACACGUUUCUGGUGUUUUGGGACGCGAGAGGCCUCACAGACUGUGCUGGUGCCGCUAAAGAACCGCUGGGAGUCUAUUCUGAAAGUCACAAUGAUGACAUCACCAAGAUCCGUUUUCAUCCUACCCAACCCAAUUUGGUGGUGUCGGGGUCCACCGAUGGCUUGGUGAACGUGUUUGACAUCAACGAGGAUAACGAAGACGACGCUUUGAUAGCAACUUGCAAUUCAGAUUCGUCAGUGAGUUCUCUGGGCUGGUCCGGGGGAGAUUACAAGCAGGUCUAUUGCGUGACACACGACGAAGGCUUCUGCUGGUGGGACACGGCCCAGCUGGACACGGAAGAGCCGCUAACCCUGCUGCGCGUUCUGGAUGUCAGAGAGUCAGUCUGCGCUGAGAGCCACGGCCUGCAUUACCUGGUGGGUGGCUUUUACCACGAGAAGGCAGGGAAACUCUUCCUGAUUGGGGGAACCUCCACGGGAGACAUCCACCUGCUGAGCUGCAGCACCGAUGGGCUGAGCCUGGUGGGGACCCUGUGUGGGGGACACUCGGCCACCGUCCGCUCCUUCUGCUGGAGCCCCACGGACGAGUCCCUGCUGACGGGUGGAGAGGAUGCUCAGCUGUUGCUAUGGAAACCCGGGGCUGUGGAGAGGUCCCUCACAAAGAAAGCGUCUCUGAAGAUCUCUUCUUCCGUGCAGAAGAGAGUGAGAGUUCACAACACCUCCCUCAAAAGCAGGAAGAAGUGAAAUGCCUAAAGUGGGAAUCUCUGCUGUGUAGAGCUUUCCUGGUGUUUAAUCUCUCUGUAGGCAAUACUUGGCCGUGUUUUACUUGGAGGUUUUCUGUGGAAAGAGCUGUGGUGCUUGAAUUCCCCCUGGGAAUGUAUUUCAGUCAUCAGAAGAAUGCCUUUUAUUUUAUUUUUUUUUUUAAGUUGCUAAUAUUAAUCAGAAAAGAGUAAAUGUUUGCUCCUGCGUUCUUGAACAACCGAUAUGAAAUCAUAUUAUAUAAAACUGUUUCUGUGGUUAUUUAAUGUCUCAGACAAUGUUUUAAAUGUGUAAUACAGGCCUGUGGCUUGCAUAGUUUGUUACCUUCCCAAUGAUAUUCCCUGGCACAUUUUAAAAGGUUUUGUAUUCCAUGCUGUAUUUUGCUUUCUUCACAGAAAACUUAAUGAAAUUGCUCAAUUUAGUAAAAGAUUUUAUGUCAAGUCUUAA